AAUAUCCCGCAUUCGAGUGUUAUAGAGUGCACACGGACCCGUUGAAGAUGCAGAUGCUGCUUUUGAGGACGAUCUUUUUCGUUGCGGGAUGCCCACAUGUUUUGCUGCGCGGGGGAAACCGUAACGCACACACCAAAGAGACGGCCAACGUUACUCUUAGGAGCCUUCACGAUGCAAAAGCCAGCGCCACACACCCUGCGAGGCAUCAAGCCGCGGGUACACCUGCCUUUGACACUAUCAGACAGACUUCAGGAGACAACAGCAACUUGUCUUCGCAUCUCUGGCUGCUUCUGGAGAGCAAACAGUAUGGAUACAGACAUCUGCUGUCCAACAGAACACACGCGGUCACGGUGAGUGGCUCGAACCCACAGAAGCGCUUGCGGCGGCAUAAAAGGAAAAAGUUGAAUGGUGAGAUGCCCGCUACCAUGGGAACAGUCGCUGGACACAAUAACUCUAAGCCGUAUUCAAUGAGCAAGCGAGAGAGAAACCACAGACGCAAAAGAGGCACAAAGGAGCACCACAAGAAAACCUUCAAGAGCUCGAAAAGGGGCCCGAAUAAAAGCGCUCCCCCGCUGACACCAGUCGAAACUUAUUAUAACGCCCUGACAUCCUCUUUAACCAUGUGGGAACCGCUUCCCAAACCCCAAGCUCUCACCUCCACCGACUUCCCAUUCGAUCUCACUGAAUUCCACACCAAACCCUUAGACGACCCAUGGGACGCCACACCAAUGACCCCUCCGUAUGCUGAGGAUGAGGAGAGCAUCUUCUUCCCCAAUCCUUUCUACCCGGUCACAAGCGAAACAUACGGGGCGUAUGCAAUCACCAUCAUCUCCGUGCUUAUUUUUGCGGUGGGAAUAACCGGGAACAUAGCAAUAAUGUGUGUUGUGUGCCAUAACUACUACAUGAGGAGUAUCUCCAAUGCUCUUCUGGCCAACCUCGCCAUCUGGGACUUUGCACUGCUCUUGUUUUGCCUGCCCCUCGUGGUGUUUCACCAACUCACAAAGACUUGGCUGCUGGGCCAGUUCACCUGUAAAGUCGUACCAUAUAUCGAGGUGGCGUCUCUCGGCGUGACCACCUUCACCCUGUGCGCUCUCUGCAUCGACCGUUUCCGAGCUGCCACCAACGUCCAGAUGUACUACGAAAUGAUCGAGAACUGCACCUCCACCGCCGCCAAGCUGGCCGUCAUCUGGAUCGGUGCCUUACUCCUGGCCCUCCCCGAGCUCCUAAUCCGACAGCUGGUCUCCGAAAACGGCGACAAUACGGUGGACGACCCUACAUCCGAACGCUGCCUAAUCCGCAUCUCCACCUCACUCCCGGACACCCUCUACGUGUUGGGUUUGACCUAUGAAGGUGCUCGAUUGUGGUGGUGUUUCGGCUGCUAUUUCUGCCUGCCCACGCUCUUCACUAUUGGGAGCUCGGUGGCGACAGCUAGACGCAUCCGACGUGCAGAACGUGGCUGCGCAAGAGGCAACAAGAAGCAGAUCCGACUGGAAAGCCAGAUGAACUGCACUGUAGUUGCAUUGGCGAUCGUUUACGGUGCUUGUGUGGUGCCUGAAAAUGUGUGCAACAUGGUUUCGGCGUAUAUGGCGGCUGGAGUCCCGCAGAGCACAAUGGCGCUGUUGCAUCUGCUCAGUCAGUUGCUGCUGUUUCUGCGAGCGGCUGUGACGCCGGUGCUGCUGCUCUGCCUCUGCAGACCCUUCGGUCGGGCUUUUCUGGAGUGCUGCUGCUGCUGCUGUGCUGAUGCAUGCGGGAUCGCGGCUCAUUCUUCUGCCACGGCUAGCGACGAUAAUGAGCACGAAUGCACGACUGAACUGGAGCUGUCGCCGUUCAGCACUAUGCGCAGAGAGAUGUCCAACUACACCGCGACUGGAUCGCACUGCUGA